UAAUGACAUCUAAAACUGUUUAUUUUUAUUGUGUAAAAUGUGGAAAAAACUUCGAGACGGAUAUGUUUUCCUUUAUGAAUUCAAAAGGGAAAUGGUUUACAUAACGAACCAUAUAAAUAUAUGGACCAAAAAAAUGUCUGACCAAGUUUUCCUGUCUAUUCUAAAGAAUAGUAAUUCAGGCUUAACAAUUGAUGAAAGUGAACUUUUACGGAAGGGAAAACUGAUGUUCAAGAAUCCUGAAGAAUUGAAAAGUAUCAAGUUUGAAGAAGACAGUGCAGAAAAGAUAUUGAAUGUUACUAUGAUUAUGUCUUUUGGUUAUCCUCUCAAGUUAAAAUUAAAGCUAAAGGAGGGUUCCCCGCAACUGUUGUACUUGAAGGUGACAAUGCCGCUGCUACGUGUGAUCCUUGAUCUGCGAGCCAGUGAGCAUGAGCUGAGACAACUGCUGCUGAAGAAGGAUAAAGAGAUUGAAGAAUACAAAUGUGAGGGAGGAGAAAUUGCUCUCAGAAGUUUGAAAACAGUUCCAUUCAACGAUGAAGCACAUAUGAGUAAACACACAACAUUCAGUGAUAACUAUUGCAUUGCACACAAUGAGGAAAUAAGUGUGACAGAAACAUAUGAAAAAGAGGAACAAGAAGUAAAUGAUAGUAAUGGACCAGCAAAUGAAGUGAAGAGAGAACCGUUGGUUUCAAUAAAAAAUGAAAUUAAAUGUGAACCAAGCAGUGCCGAGAGUGAAUCAGAUAGAGUAAAGAAUGAACCACAUAGUACAAGUGAAACAGUCAUUAUUAAGAGUGAGAUGUCAACAGAGUCACAAACUAGAGUCGCACUCAGCCCUAACAAGAAACGUAAAAAAUUAAAUCUUUAAAUGAAUUUCUUCUCUAUUAAUAUAGGCAUGUCUACAUUUGUAAUGGAUUAUUAUUAUCGAAAUUAUGACUGGUUAGGUUUAAGUAAGGAGGAAAAGCAAUAAAACAAGAAUUUUAUAUUAAAACUUUUUAUUGUACAUAGAACUGUUGAUA